UUUGGUACUUCCGCUUGUGUGCCUUUUGUGUUGUCGGCGUCAGAAGCAGCAUUGUCUUCUGACUAAAACGUUGCAAUAUUUCCAAUUUUUCGUCCUCUAUUAAGAUAAUUAAGAAAUGGAAGAGAAAGACAAAGAAAAGAAACGCCAAGGAGUUGAAGAUGAAGGCGAAGACAGCGAAGCUAGGCGAACAAGCAGACGGAAACGGGCCAGGGUAAAAGUUGAGUACAAGGAGAUGGAUGAACAGCUGGCCAACAUUUCGGAGGACGAGUACUAUUCUGAGGAGGAGAAGAAAGACAAGCCUGAAAAAGCUGCACCGCCACCACCACCCCCCAAAGUAGAGGCAGAACCAGAACCUGCUGAUGAAAGUGAAAAUGAUGAUCCUACUGGUCUUGAAGGAGCAGCUUUUCAGAGUCGUCUGCCUUUUGAUAAGAUGACGUCCCAAGAAGCAGCAUGUUUCCCUGAUAUUAUUCAAGGUCCCCCUCAGUCACAGAAGGUGUUCCUAUACCUGAGAAACAGACAGAUUCAGCUUUGGUUGGAGAAUCCCAAACAGCAGCUGACAUUUGAGAAUGCCUUACCUCAGAUUGAGGCUCCUUACAACAGUGAUGGGCCCUUGGUGAUGAGAGUACAUGCCUACCUUGAACGGUUUGGUUACAUUAACUUUGGGGUGUACAAGCGUCUGAAACCAUUACCAGUAAAGAAGCAUGGAAGAGUUAUAAUCAUCGGGGCUGGUAUUGCUGGGCUCACAGCUGCUCGCCAGCUCAUGUCCUUUGGGAUGGAGGUCAUUGUGCUGGAGGCCCGGGACCGGGUAGGAGGGAGGGUGGCCACCUUCCGUAAGGGCAACUAUGUGGCAGAUCUUGGGGCCAUGGUUGUCACUGGCCUCGGUGGGAACCCCAUCACUGUAAUGAGCCGACAAAUCAACAUGGAACUUCACAAGAUUAAACAGAAAUGUCCUCUGUAUGAAACCAAUGGAGGAACGGUGCCCAAAGACAAGGAUGAAAUGGUGGAGCGUGAGUUUAACAGGUUGUUGGAAUCCACUUCUUAUCUCUCUCAUCAGCUAGACUUCAAUUCUGUCAAUGGCAAACCUGCAUCCUUGGGUCAGGCUCUGGAGGCGGUCAUCAAAAUGCAGGAGAAACAUGUGAAGGAGAAGCAGUGUGAACAACAGAGGACCAUUAUCAGUCUACAGGAGAAACUGAAGAAAAAUCAAACCAUAAUGUUGUCUGUGAAGGACAGGGUUGAAGAGUUACAUAGACAGUGGAAGGAGGCAUCGGAAGUCAAACCACCGCGAGACAUCACUGCAGAGUUUCUAGUCAAAAGUAAACUACGGGACCUUAAUUCUGCUUGUAAAGAAUAUGAACAAUUGCAAGCACAGCAGAAAGAGAUGGAAGAAAAGCUACAAGAAAUAGAGAGUACUCCUCCUAGUGACGUAUACCUCUCAUCCCGGGACAGGCAAAUCCUUGAUUGGCAUUUUGCCAAUCUUGAGUUUGCCAAUGCCACACCCCUUUCUCUGCUUUCACUCAAACACUGGGAUCAAGAUGAUGACUUUGAGUUCUCAGGAAGUCACAUCACAGUGAGAAAUGGAUACUCCUGUGUUCCUGUGGCUUUGUCUGAAGGGGUGGACAUCAAACUUAAUACUGCUGUACGCAAGGUCACUUGUAACCCAAAUGGUGUGGAGGUCGUGGUGAGUAAUGCCAAAAACAACACAGGGCCCCAGACACUGAAGGGGGAUGCAGUGUUGUGCACACUGCCCCUUGGCGUUAUGAAGGAGUGUAUCCGUGGCAAUGGCCUUAACAGUGUCCAGUUUGUGCCACCCCUCCCAGACUGGAAGUCGGCAGCCAUACAGAGGAUGGGCUUUGGCAAUCUGAAUAAGGUCGUACUUUGCUUUGACCGUGUAUUCUGGGAUCCAAAUGCAAACCUGUUUGGCCAUGUGGGCAGUACUACAGCCAGCCGGGGAGAACUGUUCUUGUUCUGGAACCUGUACAAGGCUCCUGUCCUCCUGGCUCUAGUGGCAGGAGAAGCUGCUGCUAUCAUGGAGAAUGUCAGUGAUGAUGUCAUUGUUGGGCGCUCCAUUGCUGUCCUUAAAGGGAUCUUUGGAAACAAUGCUGUGCCACAGCCUAAGGAGACGCUCGUUACACGAUGGAGGGCUGAUCCUUGGGCACGCGGAUCCUACUCCUAUGUUGCAGCUGGCUCAUCAGGAAAUGACUAUGACCUGAUGGCCACGCCUGUAUCCCUACAGCCCGGGACCCAGCCACGCAUGUUCUUUGCUGGUGAACACACAAUCCGUAACUAUCCUGCCACUGUCCAUGGUGCACUGCUGAGUGGCCUGAGGGAGGCAGAGCGCAUUGCUGACCAGUUCCUUGGAGCUCCCUAUGCCCUUCCUACUCAUUCCAAAUCAGAGCCCAAGACAUGACCAUCAUUAUAAAGGUGGUGUUAAGGACCACUCACACAAGCUGGCAGACUUUUUACCUGAAUCAUAUGAGAAUUGAUUGUACAAUGAUAGUGACUGGUGCUCGCUGUAACAUGGACAGAUAGUGCUCACAUGAUGGAAGUGGCAAAGGAUGUCAUCAGUACUGUAACAUGGACAGAUAGUGCUCACAUGAUGGAAGUGACAAAGGAUGUCAUCAGUACUGUAACAUGGACAGGUAGUGCUCACAUGAUGGAAGUGACAAAGGAUGGCAUCAGUACUUUGUGUUUGUGGUUUGUGUCAGUAAUUCCAACAUUCAAGGUUACUUCAGUGUACUGUGGUUGAUGGAACUUUAUCUGACAUAGAUGGGUUAUACUGUCCUGAUCCAAGUCAUUCUUACCACGUAUCAAUACUACAAUGGUUUUACUAGUAUCAUAGCACAGCUGAUAUCUAGAGUGGACCAAAGAGUGCUAGAUUGGCAGAGCUACAGCUGAUAUCUAGAGUGGACCAAAGAGUGCUAGAUUGGCGGAGCUACAGCUGAUACAGGCACCUGGGUUGUUAUAUAACAGUGUUGUGUCAGACCCUUACAACUUCCCUACUUAGAGCUGUUAUCUUAUUUAUUGCAAGUGUUUUAUCAAAUAACCUUUUUUCCAUCAUUUUUCUGAAGUUUUCAGUUUAGAUUUAUCCGUCUUGGUAUUUACUCAAUGUAAAAUUGCAAUGGAAACAUGGAUCUCACCAUGCCCUAAUAAAAGUAUAUAGACCAAUUACAUACCAAGUGUUUACAGAGAAGUCUCUUUAAUGCAGAUUCGUUCAAAUUUAAAGUGACUUCUUUACGAAAUAGCUGGGGUACUUAGACAGUUAAAUAGCAAAAGAAAAUCUAUCCUUUGAAAGCUAGUCAACUGGAUGAAGAAAAGCUGCACGAGACCUUAAAUAUCCCCAUCAUUUAUCACAAUACAGAGAAGUAUGAUUGUAAAACGCUGGAGUAUUGGACACCUGGUUAUCAUUCCUCAAAUUAAAAUACUGGGCACUUGUCACCUGUCAUUCAUCAAUAUUAACCGUAAAUGUACAUAAUUUAGCAAUGAUCUUAUCUCAGCCCAUUUUUCACUUUAUAUUGAGUUAAAUUGUGAUAGCACUGAUUGAGACUAAGCUUCUUUACAUCAUUUCUUAUCAGAUAUAGUGUAAGUGCACUAAUUCAUCAAUGUGCUUCUGUUAAACAUUUGAUGAUGUGCUGAAAUUGAAGUGUGCUAAAAUGAGUGUGCUUACAGUACACAUUUACUUUAAUGAAGCCAUUUACAUUCAUCUUUUGACCACUUACAGUAAUUGUUGACUUUUAAGAUACCAGCACAAGUAGUAACACAUACAUGUAUUGUGACUUGUAGUGUUUGUCUUACAUAAAAAUAAAUAUUUUUGUG